UUCCUUAGUGUUAGCUUAGUGAUUAUUACAAGCACCUCAAACGCAUCCGAUACACAUCGAUUAUUGUUAAACAUUUACAAUAAUAGCAUUGAAAUUAGCAUUUUGCGAAGAAUUUAGCUGUUUGAAAGAUAUCCAAGUAAAACAUCGUGAUGGAGAGUCAUGUAUUUGAAUGUAUCGUUCAAAAAGACGAUACGAAGCUACGUGAUUCGAGAAACGUCAAAACAAACGUCCUAUCACCGAUCUCGACGAAGAAAGAAGCGAUUUACUUGAGUAACUAUCCUACCUAUCGUGGAAGAAGCUACGUAAGAAAUAACAAUAACAACAACAACAACAACAACAACAACAGUAGCAACAACAACGCCAUGAUCGAAGAUCGUGUUCUCGAUUCGUCCCGAAGAGAAACAUUCGUUAUUACCGAGGAUGACAAAGAGAAUUUUAUUGGGAAACAAGAGGAUCGUUCGAAUAAUUUUUCAUCUACGAAACAACAAGAGAUAUUACCAACAUUGUUGUCUUUCGACGAGAAGAAUAACGAAGGCAAUUCGCUCAAACGAAAGAUUCCACGGCCGGCUAAUGCUUUCAUGCUCUUUGCAAACGAAUGGCGGAAGAAACUUGCCAGUGAAAAUCCUCGAGAAUCUAACAAGGACAUCAGUGUCAGGUUUAAUAUCCUUGUUAAAUAUUGUUCAUUCGUUUUGUUACUAAGUCGAGUUGAUAUAUGUCAUCGAUAAUUUACUUUGUUCUUUAUUUUAUUUUAUUUCUUUCUUUCUUUCUAUCUUUCUUUUUUUUUCUUUUUUUUUUUUUUUUUUAUUACGUUGAUCUAAUAUUCGUUCUUUUAAUUAUUUAUUAAUUACAAAUAACUAAAAAAUAUCACAACUAAAUUGUUUGCUAAUUGGAUUUGCCACAUUGUUUUUAUUGUUAUUAUUGGAGCUAUACGAUUUCUCGAUAUCCAUCGGCCUGCAAUAACG